CAAAUGGACUGUGUCAGUGUGCUGUGAGCAGCCUGGCAGCUGAUAGCUGUGCUGCACAGUUGAGGAAACUUGGCGGUAUCUCUCUCUGACUGGAGGAGCAGGCUCCUUCUCUCUGCCACUUGACAUGUGGACGUCUGGAUCAUCAGUGUUGAUCCACAGGAGCUGACCGAACAACUGCUGGAUUUUUAAUGAUAUCAAUGAGGAGAGAUUCAGUGGAAACGCAAAACGGACGCUUUGGAGGAAUUCUCACUUGGUGCCGGACGACCUCACUCCAGAGGAGCAGCAGGAGUUGGAGAAUAUCCGCCGGCGCAAGCAGGAGCUGCUGGAGGACAUUCAGCGGCUGAAGGAUGAGAUAGCAGAAGUGACAAGUGAGAUCGAGAACCUGGGUUCCACUGAGGAGAGGAAAAAUAUGCAGAGGAAUAAACAGGUGGCCAUGGGCCGAAAGAAAUUCAACAUGGACCCGAAGAAGGGGAUCCAGUUCCUGAUAGAGAAUGACUUGCUGAAGAACACCAGCGAUGACAUUGCUCAGUUCCUCUACAAGGGUGAAGGCCUCAACAAAACAGCAAUUGGAGAUUACCUCGGAGAGAGAGAUGAUUUUAAUAUCCAAGUCCUCCAUGCCUUUGUGGAGCUUCAUGAGUUCACAGACCUCAACCUGGUUCAGGCCCUAAGACAGUUCCUGUGGAGCUUUCGGCUACCAGGAGAAGCCCAGAAGAUAGACCGCAUGAUGGAGGCCUUCGCUCAGCGCUACUGCCAAUGCAACCCUGGUGUUUUCCAGUCCACAGACACCUGUUACAUCCUGUCGUUUGCCAUCAUCAUGCUGAACACCAGCCUCCACAACCCGAAUGUGAAAGACAAGCCUACUGUGGAACGAUUCAUUUCCAUGAACAGAGGAAUCAAUGAUGGAGGAGACUUACCUGAAGACCUACUCAGGAAUCUGUAUGACAGCAUCAAGAAUGAGCCCUUUAAAAUCCCAGAGGACGAUGGCAAUGACCUCACACACACUUUCUUCAAUCCAGACAGAGAAGGCUGGCUGCUAAAGCUGGGAGGGGGACGAGUAAAAACCUGGAAGAGGAGAUGGUUCAUCCUCACAGACAACUGUCUGUACUACUUUGAGUACACCACAGACAAAGAGCCCAGAGGAAUUAUCCCACUGGAGAACCUGAGCAUCAGAGAGGUGGAGGACAAGAAGCCUAACUGCUUUGAGCUUUUCAUCCCUGACAACAAGGACCAGGUGAUAAAGGCAUGCAAGACAGAGGCUGACGGGCGCGUUGUGGAGGGCAAUCACACCUUCUACCGAAUCUCUGCUCCCACUGCUGAGGAAAAAGACGAAUGGAUGAACAGCAUUAAAGCUGCAAUCAGCAGGGACCCCUUCUAUGAGAUGCUUGCAGCCAGGAAGAAGAAGGUGUCGUCCAUGAAGAGGCACUAAAGCUGUUCAGCUCUCCGGACGUUGCACUUGACAGAACAGGGGGGGUACUGGGUAUCUGCUCGCCCUGUCUGGGCCGGUGCAGAGGCCACUGCUGGGAUCUCCCUCAGACCUUUCCAGAGGAUUUCUCUAGGAUACAUACUAGAUCUGGCUUUGGGACUCUACUGGCCAGAAAAACAGGAAGCAUGCUGGGGUUUCUAGAUAACAGUCAGGGCCAAAGCCUCCUCUAACCUCCUGUCUGAAUGUCUCUUUUUCUCUCUCAGCUUUAUGUGUGCUCUCUUUCUGUGAGGCCAAAAGGAAACCUUGCGAUGUCACUCAGCAGAAUUCCCUUCGAAGAGAAACUGUUCCCUCAGGCUUUAAAAGAAAUCCCAUCUACAUUGCACACAUACACAACAUGCAUACACUCAUGCAGUCUCUCUUAGCACACAGCGUUUAAACUCAGCAGGUCUGACCAAGUGUGGCACCCCAACCAAAAUAUUCCUCACUCUCUGAAAGAAAAGUAAAAACCUUUUCUGAUGUGCUUUAAUAUGUUUGGUUAAUACGUGUCUGUUUUUACAGCUUUUACUGUCGAAUCCUCUUGAGUCUUUUCUGUGUGUUCGCCUUUGUAAAAAAGAAAAAGGUCUUGCAGCUGAACCUGUAGUGGAGGGAGGGAAGUUACGGGAUAUCGGGGGGGAUUUUGCCAACUGUUGCUCAUUUUAUAGUAAAAAAUAACUAUAAAAACAAGAACUUCUCUGUCAAAAAAGUUGCCACUCAGGAGAUUGAUACCAUGUUCUGAAAUGUUCCAUGCCAGGGUCCACAUGGAUCCUGUUCACAACGCGACGGCCAUACGAGGAAUGUAAGCCUCGUCUGUGUUCCAGACUGAACUGUUUUUGUAAAUGUGAAGCUGCAUUGUGGGGCGUACCGCGGCAGGUGAGGUUGUCUGCUUGUCUGGACAGGGUCUCAGAGUUGGAUAUGGCUCUCAAUGUUAAUUUCCUGAAGGUCCUGGAGACGAACCCUGGGGAUUAGUGUCUUUGAAAAGGACGAGUGUCUAUCACCCCUGGCCUCUUUUUGAGUCUUAAGUUGUCUGGAAAACAGAACCAUUGGCCCCUUUUGAUUUUCUCUUCCCACAUUUCCAAGGCCACUUUCUGUUACUGUAUCAUGUAAAAAGCAAUUUAAUUAUUAGUUUACUGCUGCACAGUGCCUGGCGCUCUAGAUGAAAUGUGAUGAGAAAUGCUGCUGGUUAGCAACAGUAAUUCAGUUUUCUGUACCCAGUUGAGCAAUGUUUAUCUUUGUCUCCUACCUUUAGUGUACUUUUGUUGUUAGAGGGUUACCUAUUUAAUGGUAAAAAAAAACUCAUCAUUUUCAGUCUAACCUCAUGAAUAAGUUGUACAAUACUGUACUUUGAAAUGGCUGUCAUAACUUCUGUGUGCUUUGGACUGUUUAUGCAUAAAACAUAUUAUAACUCCUUGUAGAUGCUUUAAAGCAGCACAAAUAAACGUGUGGUUUAGUGAAGCUAUGCCUGGAAAAAAGUGGGUUGUCCCCGUCUCAGGAUCCAAAGUUUGAUGUGUAAUGACAUAAAACUACUAGUCUUAUCAGGAAUGUGCUGUGGUGAACCAAAAGAUUGAGGGCAGGAUGUCUGAUGGGUCAUGCUGAGGCAGUGUCACAGUGUCAACCUGUCAAAUAGCUAAAACUGCAUUGAGGCACAAUUUUGUUGUGCAUCUCUUUUCUACUUUUGUCUACAGUUGUCUCCUCUCUCAUCUGUGCCUGCUGUUCAUUAUCCUCGCUUUCUGUUUCCUGCUUCUCUUUCAUUCUGCUCCUCUCAGCGCACUAAUCCUAGAGAAAUAAGGAAACAUGCAAAACAAUCAUAAUUCUAGACAGUAUUGGUUUAUUUAUCAAAAGUUGUACAUACUUAAAUGUAUAGUGGGUAUUUUGUCUUCCUUUUGUUUCUUAUUAGUUGUGCCUUUUGUUUUUUUGUUUUUUUUUGCUAUUCAGUUCAAUAAUGUUUGAUUUGAGGUUUCGAUCGUUGCCAUUUAAUCAAGCUGAAAUAAAGACAAGUUUGUCGCAAUACUGGCUGUGAAUAUCUUUUAUACAACUUCAACAUUGAGCUCAUGUUACACUGAAAUCACUCCACCAGGUGGCAGUAUGUGAUAAGGGCUGUUCAGGCUUUCA